CCAGGAUGGAGAAACCCGGGCCUCCUGAGGGCUCCUCGCCUCGCUCCGGGUAUAGGCAGCCAUGCUACAGGUUCAGCCCAGAAAAACUGCAGAAGCUGGAGAGCUUCUUUCAGAGCAACCAAACACCAUCCGAUGAGGAAAUCCAGGACCUGGCGGCCAGUUUGGAAUGCGAGCAGAAGCAAGUGAAGUUGUGGUUCCAGAAACGCCGGGCCGAAGAGGCUAGGUUACGGAAACAGUCCAGGCUGCAAGACCCGGAAGCCAAGGCUGCACCCCAGGACCCCGGACCCUGCCUGCCUCCACCUGCACCUGGGCCUCCACCUCCACCUGCACCUGGGCCUCCACCUCCACCUGCACCUGGGCCUCCACCUCCACCUGCACCUGGGCCUCCACCUCCACCUGCACCUGGGCCUCCGCUUCUGCCUGGGCCACGGCCUGCAUCUGAGCCUCUGCCUGCGCCUUGGCCUCGGCUUCCCCUUGAGCCUCAUCUUUGGCUUACAUUUUCGUUUGAGACUCGGCCUCCGCCUCCGUCUCUGCCUCAGCCAAGGCCUCAGCCUCCUCCUGUGCCUCUGCCUCCGCUUGAGCCUCAUCCUGGGCCUCUGCCUUCGUUUGAGCCUCGGCCUCGGCCUCAACCCAUGUCUCAGCCUUCGGCUAGGCCUCGGCCUCCAUUUGAGCCUCAGCCUUCGCCUCCGUCUCUGCCUCAGCCUAGGCCUCAGCCUCCACCUAUGCCUCUGCUUGAGCCUCAUCCUUUGCCUCUGCCUUUGUUUGAGCCUCGACCUGGGCCUCAACUCAUGUCUCCACCUGUGGUUUGGCUUUCAAUUCUGUUGGAGCCUCAGCCUUCACCUCCGCCUCCAUUUGUGCCUCAGCCUUCACCUCCGCCUCCAUUUGUGCCUCGGCCUUCACCUCCGCCUCCGUUUGUGCCUCGGCCUUCACCUCCGCCUUCGUUUGAGCCUCGGUCUCGGCCUCAACCCGUGUCCCAGCCUCGGCCUCCACCUGCACCUGCAGGCCCUGUGUCCCCGAAAAGACCCCGAGGACCCUGAGUUCUCUGAGGACCCUGAGUUCUUGGAAAACCCUGAGGACCCCGAGUUCUCGGAGGACCCUGAGGAGCCUGCGUUCUCAGAAGAUCCUGUGUUACCCAGGGGCCCCCGUGUUCCCUGGAGGAUCCUGUGCUCGCCGUGGACCCUGUGUUCUCCGAGGGCCCAGGUUUCUGCAGCGCCCCUCCUCCCUGUCACUUCCCAGUCGCAGCAGCGGCACCCAGUGUGUCCAGCCACAGCCAGGCCUGGCGGAAUUGUGCGCAGGGCACCCAGAACAUAGUUCAGGCUGCACCAGCCCCAGCUCCAGCUGAGCCCCCAGUCUGGCUUCAGGGCCCUAUGCCAGGCCCUGUUGGGACCCCUGAUUUCACAGAGCUGCACUCACCCUAAGACCCCCUUGAAGGGACCCUCCUCCUCCUCCACCACCUGGGUCCUGAGAAAGGGAUGACUUUGUGGAUUAGAAGGACUCAGCCCCUGGCUCCAUACGGGAUUGUGUCCCCGCAAAGUACUGUAGAUCCCGCCGGUGCAGGACGUGUCUGGCCUGCUUGGUGCGCUCAUGCGGAUGUGGGAAGCGGUGACUGCAAGUUACUCUCCUGCAGCCUUAAGGAACCUCCAUUUACCCAACUUUGGGAGGCGGCAUUGCUGCAUUCACUGUGAAGCCACCCGGCGUCCUGCAGCUUUAAUGUCCCCGCAUUAUUUAGGGCACACGUGACAUUUCUGCAGGUUUUCAGGUCUAGGAGCAGAGUUGAUGCUCAUGGUAGAUGUCCACUUUAGUGGUGCUGCCCGCAACUUUUCCAAAGGAUCUAGACCAGCCUCGUAGGCCAUUUAAUUUAAAUUGCAUUAAAUCCAUAAAUGUUUCUGGCGGCAACUGGCAUCUUUCUACACUACUGAGCUUUAUAAACUAAGUGAAUUAUUCCUUCACUUGUUUGUUUACAACAAGUCUUCAUGAAGUGUUAUUUUAAUCAUCAAGGUCUUAGGUAUAUAUUUGUGUAGAUUUACUUCCAAUACGUUUUUAUUGUCUGACAUUUUGGGUGGUAUUUUAAAAUAUGUCCAUUUUUAUAGGAUUCAGUGGACAUAUUAUUUUAUCAGGGACCUGACUCAAAUUGUUAAAAUUCUAUAACUUUUUUGGACAUUGUUUGGGGCUUGAUAAUUUUUAAUUUAAUAGAGUGCAUGGAUAUCUUGUAAAAUAAAUAAAUCAA